UGCUAACUGCUAACAACAGUUGAAGAACCAGGAAAGAUCAUGGUGAUGAUGGGGAACCAGCUUUGCCUUCUUCUCGUCAUCCUUUUCUGCUCCCUGCCCUCAGCUCAGAGCCAUCUCUGGGCAUGGCUGUACUCGUUGCCCGAGUACAAUGCGGUGGCAUCUUCCAAAAGUGCUGAACUGCUGUCUCAUCUGGAGAUGAAGAUGACUGCCUGCAGCCCUGAGCAAGGAUGCCCAGAAGGGCUCUUCUGUGACCACCACUUUGGACUCUGCUUCACACUCCGGGAAGAUGGCGAAUUCUGCCGCCAGGAUGCCCACUGUGCUGAGGGACUGAUCUGCAUGUUUGGCAAAUGCCAAGAGAGUCUGCCAGAAGGACAGGAAGGUUCCCGUUGCUAUCAUGAUAAUGACUGUGGUCCUCAAAACUGUUGUGCCCGCCACCAUGGGGAGAUGGUUUGCAGGAAAAGACUGGCUUUAGAUGAAGGAUGCUACGUUCCUGAAGGAGGCAUUGCAUUCAGCAUGAACCAGGUCUGCCCAUGUGCAGAAGGACUAGUAUGCAAAAGGAGAUCCCUCAACCGAGAGGUUCCGUUUGAAUACUGGACAGACAAGAGCAAUUGGAGCUGCCAAAAGAAAUAAGCAAGAAGGAAAUGCACAGUGGUUGAAAUAGCA